UUUGGUGUUGAUGGAUUGAAGUCGGUGUCAGUGAUGGAGGGAGAUUCUGUCACCCUACACACUGAUCUUACUGAAAUACUGAGAAAUGAUGUGAUAGAUUGGUUGUUUGGAAGUCGAGGGACUGUUAUAGCUUCAAAGAAUAGAAUUUUGGGAAAACAUUUCUCUUUUAAAUAUAUUGUUGGUGACGGGAGAUUCAGAGGCAGACUACAAGUGAAUAAUGAGACUGGAUCUCUCACCAUUACAAACAUCACAACUGAACACUCUGGACUUUACAAACUAGCGAUCAUCAGUGAAUUGGAUCUGACCUCACACAGAUUCAAUGUAACUGUCUACGCUCGUCUGCCGAUUCCCGUCAUCAUCAGAGACUCUUCUCAAUGUUCUUCAAGCUCUAAAUGUGUGUUGGUGUGUUCAGUGGUGAAUGUGACACACGUGACUCUCUCCUGGUACAAAGGAAACAGUUUAUUGUCCUCCAUCAGUGUGUCUGAUCUCAACAGCAGUCUCUCUCUACCUCUGGAGGUGGAAUAUCAGGAGAACAACAUCUACAGUUGUGUAGUGUCCAAUUCAUUCACCAACCUGACCAAACAUCUCAACAUUACUGAAGACUGUCAGACGUGUUCAGACUGUGUCGGCUAUUGUGAUUCUUCUGAAGCUGUGGUCCGAUUGGUCGUCUCUGCUCUGGUGGGCAUGGCGUCUGUUGCUGCUGUUGUUGUUCUGGUUUAUGACAUCAUCAGAUCCAGAAGAAGUGAACAGGAGAGAUCACAGACGUCACGUAUUCUCACAUCUGGACACUAG